UACAGUACGCAGCUCGUGGCCAUAAUUAUAUACAUAUAUAUAUAUAUAUAGCAAAAUCGAUCGGAUCGUGUGUGGUGAACUAGUCUAUAGUCGAUAUGAACAAGAACCUCGGCUUUGUGGAGCGCCUGCGCUGGCGCCUCAAAACCAUCGAGCAUAAAGUCCAGCAGUAUCGUCAGUCCACCAACGAGACCGUACUUGCUGACACGGAGUACGGAAAAGUGCGGGGUGUGAAGCGAUUGUCGAUCUACGAUGUACCCUACUUCAGUUUCGAGGGAAUCCCCUACGCCCAGCCUCCGGUGGGGGAGUUGAGAUUCAAAGCGCCUCAAAGGCCUAUCCCCUGGGAGGGAGUAAGGGACUGCAGCCAGCCGAAGGAUAAGGCUGUUCAAGUGCAGUUCGUUUUCGAUAAAGUCGAGGGUUCUGAGGACUGCCUCUACCUGAAUGUUUACACUAACAAUGUAAAGCCAGAUAAGCCCCGUCCUGUUAUGGUUUGGAUUCAUGGAGGUGGCUUUAUUAUCGGCGAGGCCAAUAGAGAAUGGUAUGGCCCGGACUACUUCAUGAAGGAGGAUGUUAUCCUGGUCACCAUUCAAUAUCGACUUGGUGCUUUGGGCUUCUUGAGUUUGAAGUCACCUGAACUAAAUGUACCUGGAAAUGCUGGUCUCAAGGAUCAGGUCUUGGCCCUGAAGUGGAUCAAGAAUAAUUGCGCCAGCUUCGGUGGGGAUCCCAACUGCAUAACUGUCUUCGGAGAAAGUGCUGGAGGCGCCUCCACUCAUUAUAUGAUGAUUACCGAGCAGACCCAAGGACUCUUCCAUCGCGGUAUCCUGCAGUCUGGUAGUGCCGUUUGUCCAUGGGCCUACAACGGCGACAUCACCCAUAAUCCCUACAGAAUAGCCAAGCUGGCUGGCUACAAGGGGGAGGAUAACGACAAGGAUGUACUGGAAUUCCUGCAGAAUGUGAAGGCAAGAGAUCUGAUUAGGGUCGAGGAAAAUGUCUUGACUUUGGAGGAUCGCGCGAACAAGAUUAUGUUUGCCUUUGGGCCUUCGCUGGAACCAUUCAGCACGCCCGAGUGUGUUAUACCUAAGCCUCCAAAGGAGAUGAUGAAGACGGCCUGGAGCAACUCCAUUCCCAUGAUGAUUGGAAACACUUCAUACGAGGGUCUGCUGUGGGUUCCGGAGAUCAAGAUGAUGCCUCAGGUGGUGCAGCAGGUGGAUGCUGGUACUCCUUUCAUUCCUAGGGAAUUGCUGGCCAAGGAUCCCAGUAAGGAUAAACUGGAUUCGUGGAGUGUUAAGAUUCGUGAUGCUCAUCGCACUGGAACAGAAAGCACCCCAGAUAAUUAUAUGGAUCUCUGUUCGAUUUACUACUUCGUUUUUCCGGCUCUGAGGGUGGUCCAUUCCCGUCACACCCAUGCCGCUGGAGCUCCUGUAUAUUUCUACCGAUAUGAUUUCAACUCGGAGGAACUCAUCUUCCCUUACCGCAUUAUGCGAAUGGGUCGUGGUGUUAAGGGUGUGAGCCAUGCUGAUGAUUUGGCCUACCUAUUCACCAGCCUUUUGGCUCGUCGAUUGCCCAAGGAUAGUCGGGAGUACAGGAAUAUCGAGAGGACUGUAGGAAUCUGGACGCAGUUUGCUGCCACGGGAAAUCCUUACAACGAGAAAAUUAACGGCAUGGACACUCUGACCGUAGAUCCAGUUCGCAAAUCUGAUACGGUCAUCAAGUGCCUUAACAUCAGUGAUGACCUGAAGUUCAUCGAUCUGCCUGAGUGGUCAAAAUUGAAGGUUUGGGAAAGCCUUUAUGACGACAACAAAGAUUUAUUGUUUUAAGGGGAAAAUAACUCUUUAGUAAUGUGUAUAUAUAUAGGACAAAAUGCUUUAUUAAAUAAAUGUUACGAUAUGCUUGUUUAUUA